GAUAGGGACACAGCGAUAUGAGCAUACUCUGGCUUGGUUACGAACACACUGACUGCCUGACUGCCGUGCUGUGAAAUAAUGUGAUCAGGGAUUUUAUGACCGUACUGCGGUGCUCCAGCUGGGAUAUGGAAUACGAGAUUGUUUAGACGGAAACAGCUACUUCUCUUCUGCUUUCUUGUCAGUCUUUUUGCUGAAGAAAUCAACUUGAAAAUACCAAGAGAAUUUCUUUUUUUUUUUUUGGUGAUUGUUGUCAUUCUGGCCCCUGCUGACACAGCACGUAGGACGCUCAAGAGGUUUGGGACUUGUCUGGGGCAAACAAGAAAACUAGAAGAACAGACAGAAAGGGAAUGAUUGACAGCUAUGGCCAAUGAAGAGUAUUUUUCUGAAUAUUAUUUGGCUCUGAGUCACAUCUGCUGGUUGGGUGCAUAUUAAUGUACUUCAGCUGGUACCAGCCAAAACUACGCAGAGGUUUAAGUUGGAAACAUUUUCACAAAGACGAUUUGUUUCACCGUAGCAUGUUUGUUUUCAUGUCAAGCUGUGCAAAGUGACGCUUCUCUACAGUAGAAUCGAUCCCAGAUAUCCGACCAAACAUCCCAGGUUCAGUCAUGCACCCGAGGUCAGUCACCUUCGACCUCCCUAUACUGUUGGGUGUGCUCCUGUUGUUGGGUCCUAUGGAGUCUAGGGGCCAGAAUGACACAGAGCCCAUCAUCCUCGAGGGGAAAUGCUUGGUCGUGUGCGACUCCACUCCUUCAUCCGAACCCGGCGGUAACGCCCUGGGCAUGUCGGUCCGCUCCGGCUCCGGCCGGGUGGCCUUCUCCGCCAGCCGCCAGACCAACCACGAGCCCACGGACAUGAGCAACCGCACCAUGAUCAUCUACUUUGAUAAUAUUUUGGUGAACGUGGGCACUCAUUUUGACCAAGAGAGCAGUGUGUUCCUGGCGCCAAGAAGAGGCGUGUACAGCUUCAACUUCCAUGUUGUAAAGGCCUACAAUAGACAAACUAUUCAGGUCAGCUUGAUGUUGAACGGCUGGCCCAUGAUUUCAGCUUUUGCAGGGGACCAGGACGUGACCAGAGAAGCUGCCACCAAUGCCGGCCUGGUGAUUAUGGAGAAGGGGGACAAGGCCUACCUCAGACUGGAGAGAGGCAACCUGAUGGGAGGCUGGAAGUACUCCACCUUCUCCGGGUUCCUGGUCUUCCCUCUGUGAGGAAGGUGUCUGAGGUGUCGGAGUGGUGAUAGGAGGAGAAUUGGAUAGAGAAGUAGUGAGAAUGAGGCGGAGGUAAACAUGAAAGGUGGUGGUAGAAAAGAAGGCCUUCAGUCUGUAACUCUCUAUAACAUCGCACGGAAGGAUGUGUUUUAUGCAAAAAUGAGAUGAAGGUUGUGCAAAUGAAGAUAAUUCUCGCUUGAGACCCAAAAAGAAGAAAGUUCAGUAAACAUGACUUACCUGUUGAUCUAAUUUGCUCUGUUUCUGUGAAUAAAUAUCUGUUGGGUUUAUAUAAGAGAUACUUUAAUUGUGACAAAAUAUUAAGUAGUGCAAUGUAGGCUUCUGUGCUAAGAUUAGUUUUUUUUUCAAAGUGUUUGAGACAUUGCUGUGCUCCACAUGACACCCUGGCUAGCUAACAAACGUGCCAAACUUUUCCUUUACUCUGCUGUGUCCUAUGACUGAUGCUCCUCUAUAUGCCUGUCUCCUGCAACAAAUGUUUAUUUACACAGAAAUUUCUAUGGAGGGUAAAAUAUUGAAAUAAAAUGACGUAACGUUG